AGGUGAUGGCUGCUGCUGCGGCCUCUUCAUCUCUUCUCUUCCGAUCCUUUCUGAUAUAUAUCUUCUUAUCAUGCUCAUGUCUUACCGUCGAAUGUUCUUCCGACAUUAGUUUUCUGUUCUUCAUCGUACGCACAUGAGCAACACAAUGAGGCCGAGGAGUAAGGCCAUGUUUAAUUUAGUUUACGACAGGGGUUGACUUCAAUUCGAUUCUUCCCUCAUUAAUUGCUAUAUAUUUAGUAUUUUGUCUGAAUCGAUUCGGAGAUGAGUGAUGUGGAAGGGAUGGUGAAAAAGAAGGUGGGAAAAGGGCUCAUCACCAAAACGUUGGAGCGAUGCAAGUGGAUAGGACGAGGCAAAAGCAGCAUGAUGAUGAUGAGGAGCAGAUCCUGGCCCAGCCGCAAGGGAGCAAAGAAGAGCGGCAGCAGCAACAGCAACAGCAACAGCAGUUGUGUGGCACCCGAAGGUUGUUUCUCCGUCUACGUUGGACCACAAAUGCAGAGGUUCGUUAUCAAGACCGAGUACGCUAAUCACCCUUUGUUCAAGAUUCUUCUGGAAGAAGCAGAAUCGGAGUAUGGGUACAGCAGCCAAGGUCCUUUGGCUCUUCCCUGCCAGGUUGAUAUCUUUUACAAGGUGUUGAUGGAAAUGGAGUAUUCUCGUGAAGAACAAGAGGAGCAACAGAGACUAACUCGUAAAGCUUCUGCUGGCUGUGUCUGUCUUAACCGCUCUCCCUCCGCUUAUCGCCUUCUUCGUUCUUCCUCCGUCAAGCCAUAAACCUCUUCUCAACAAAAUAUUACUGUAAUCGAUCACUCCUUCAGUCUCUUCUCUAUCUUUUCUAUUCUUCAGAUUAAAUAAAAUCAUCUUGUAUCUAUAUAUCUAUAUAUCUAUAUCUAUAUCUUUAUUGUAGUA